CAGCCCAUCCAUCGUCCGCCGUGUUGGCGGGCUUGCUCCGGAUUGCAGCUCGGCUCCCUUUGGCGGGGGGGGGGGGCUUCCUCCGCCCCGCCUUUUGCACGGCGCGUUGCAAGACGUGCUCCGCCCGAAUCGUCCGGGCUGGGCAGAGAGAGAGAGAAGGGGGGAGUGGGCAGGGCGCGAAGCUCGGGUCUAAGAGCAGCGGCAGCCGCGGGGAGGUGGAGCGCUCGGCCCGCUGGACCCGCCCGGCUCGGCUCCAGCCUCUCCAGCCCCGCCGUUCGCUUGGCCUGUGUGGCGAGGAAGCGCCCGCGCUGGUCCGCAGGAUGGUGAUCAACGUCUACAUCGCCUCUUCCUCCGGCUCCACCAAGAUUAAAAAGCAGCAGCAAGAUGUGAUCGGCUUCUUGGAAGUCAAUAAGAUUGAGUAUGAAGAGAAAGACAUUGCGGCCAACGAAGAGAAUCGCAAAUGGAUGAGGGAGAACGUUCCAGAAGACUGUCGUCCAGCCACCGGGAAUCCAUUGCCCCCUAGAAUUUUUAAGGACAACCAGUACCUUGGGGAUUAUGAUGCUUUCUUUGAAGCUAGAGAGAAUAAUGCCGUCUAUGCUUUUUUAGGCUUGACUGCCCCACCUGGUUCAAAGGAAGCAGAAGCACUAGCAAAACAAGAGGCGUGAAGUCUUCCUUCCUUCCCAGCCUCAAGAUUUCUGCAAAGAGAAAAAUUCUGCAGCUUUCCCCCUUUACAAUAGCAAAAAAACAAGGCGCUUGGAGGAAAAAAAAACGAAAGGUUUUGUUUUUUCCCCCCAAAUUACUGGCUGCUCUCUACAAUAUUCUGCCACAUAGGAUUAACAGGAAGCCACACCAAAUAGUAUUAUCAUUAUGGAUGAUAAUAAUAAAUAACAAGUGUGCCACAAUCGAGAGAGAAAGAAAUCAAAUGGAGCUUCUAGAGACCCUUGAUUGAAUUUUGACUCUUGCAAUGGAUAUGAUUUCUUCCCUGGCAAUUGUACAAAAGUCCUCACCGCCACCCCCCCCCUUUUUUUUUUGGUAAACUUAACAAAAGCAUUGUAUUUUUGCUCUCUGCAACACAGAACUAUAAUUAUACUUGCAGAUGCAUAGAAAAUCUAGCUGCAAAAAUGUUUAUUAAUAAACCCCAGUGCCUCUUACUGCUUCAAAAACAAAAAUGAAAAAUAAGAUGUCCUGAAGUGGACUUUUCUUUUAAUGGUUAUUGUUUCUAAAAGUUGCAAGGAAGCAUGGCUGUAGUUGCAAUUACUUGCUGUGAUUAGGAUAUUUGUAGACUUGUUCUUUUGUUAUCUUGUAGCCAUUGGAGUCUCAUUGAUGGAAUACGGGCAGGAUUUACCAGGGUUGAUCAGAACACAAUAACUGUCUUAGGGAAAGGUAAGAUUUUUUUUUUUUUGGCAGUCUUAGUAAAAUAUUUUUGCUUAGUAAAAUAGUUCUUUUUUCUCUAAAAUGUGAAGCAAAUGUAAUAUGGGGCCACAAUACUUUUUUUUUUAAUUAAAAAUGAGUUCAAGUAAUUACGAAUUAGAAUAAAACUUAGUUUGACACAUUUAAGUUUGUAAAAUGUUUCUGUAUAAGAUUAAAUAUAUUAAAGUCAAGGGUCCAAUAUGAAAUAAAACUGAAUAAAAGUCACUCCCAGGAAUGAAGCUUAUAGGUCUCUAUGAUACAGGAAGUUCAGCUGGUUUUUUUCAGUCUGGUUUUGCAAUGCUGUGAAGUUACCUUCAGCAGUUUGUCAAGCUCCUGGUAUUUUCACUACGUGCAACAAAAUGAUCAAAGUUUUAGGCAAGAACCCCACCCCAAGAAACAUGGUAGUUACAAAUAAUACUGAAAAAUAUGUGUGUCUCCCUCUUAUGGAUUUGGAAAGAUGUAGUAAUGCAACUGAAUCUCAAAGCCUUAAUCAAAUUAUAUCAAGAUAGAUAUAUCCAAUAAAAGGGACUAUAUAUAGCUCAGGGUUGAAUUGUGGGGUCCUUGGUUGGCUGUUUGCUUUGCAGAUGUUUAUUUACCCAACUAGGUAACCUCAUCAGUGAGAUUGAGUCUGGGGUUUGCUUUCUGUUUAGGUAUAGCAACUUGCCCUACCAGUCUUGGCAAUUCUUUGAUUAGUAUAUCCGCUUCAACAGCCAAGAACUAGAUAAGCAGGGAUUCAUACCAGAGAAACAAUCCAGCAGAAAAUAUUAUCCUAAUCAAGGAAGUAUCAAGGGGAAAACCACACCCCCAGCCACAUUGGCAGGGCAAGCUGUAUAGAAAAGGAGUAUUGAUGAUGUUAUUUAGUCAGGUAACAAAUCAUAUACAAUCAGAUAAUCAAGCUCGGAACCACAGGAAGCCCACAGAUAGACAGAUGUAUGUUGCCUUUUUAAUCUCAUAGAUGUGGUCUGCUCGGCCCAUGUGGAGGACCAAAAUUAAUGUAGAUGACUCCAUCCAAAUAUUUCCUUACCCACUUAAAAUAAUACAUGCAGAUAAAUACACAAACCAACAUGAGUUUUUUUUUAAACUAAGAUUCCUACCAGUUAACGGGGUUCCUUCCAGAAUCCAGGUUCUGUAGGACUUGGCUAACUUUGUAAUGCCUACAUGAUUUUAUCUGUGUUGGCUUUCAUGGCCUUUGAGAGUCAAAGUACCGUCACCACUUCUCUUUUGUGUGACAGCUUGACCUGUGUUGUUUUCUGGAAAAUGUUUAGUACGGUGUUUUUCUUUGGAAAUCUGCAGUGUGUAGAGCAAUGUUUUUCAACCUUGGCAACUUUAAGAUGAGCAGAUGUUUUAACUCCCAGAAUUCCACAUCAUGGCUGGCUCGGGAAUUCUGGGUGUUGAAGUCCACCAUCUUAAAUUUGCCAAGGUUGAGAAAUGCUAAUAUAGAAUGUCUGGCUUUACAAGUUCUGGAUUGGGGCCAUCUCUGCGUAGUUCAUAUUAUAUGCUUUUGCACCAAUGAUCAUUCUUAGUUGUUCCUGGCUCUGGGCUCAGACUGGAUAGAGAAUAGCCUGCAGGUUGGAGAUGGUAUUUGAUGGUAAGAAAUUCAGACAGUGUAUCCUGUAAUCUUGUACCCAGUGCCCAAAAACAGUUCCCAAAAUUAAAGUUUUUUCACUCAGAUAUAUUGAUCUAAAUAUACCUUGUGUUCUUAAUUCAUUGCUAUUGGAAAGCCUAUGUUAGACAACCUAUUCCAUCUUAUCUCCUAUAGUCUUAAUGUUUUAUUUCCUAUUUUUGUUGGAGCAAUCCUAUGCUCAGAUCUCAUUAAUUUUGCAUUAAAUGAAUAUAUUGUAACUCAAA